AUGGCUACUCAAUAAUAAUAAUAAAGUACUCAACAAUAGCCAUAAUAAUAAUAAAGAUAACCUGUCAGAUAGCCAGAUGUUAAAACACAACUUAAAUAACUAUAUGAUAAAUCGAGUAUUCAAUUUGAUGAUGAAACAAUUCAAUUAUGUCCAUAAAUUAAAAUUUUGAAUAAUUUAGUUAAAUACGAUAAUCGAAUUGACUAAUUGAUUAAAAGUAAGCGAAUUGAGUUAUAAGAAUCUUUCAUUCAACCCGGUUAAUAUCUAAAAAAGACCCUCAGAAUUAUAGUAUACUCUGAAUUGGUUUGUGAUGAAUGGAAUCUUUAUAUCAAAGGCUAAGUGCUUUCAGAAGACAAGAAGCCUUUCUCCUAUUUUAUCAGAUAACUUGAAGUCCAAUUUGAUAAAACAUAUUAUGCAUCAUAAAAUGUAAUAUAAUGGAAUAGGAAUCAUUUAUAAUAAUAAAAAUAACAACAGGAAACAAGUGGAUUUCAUAUCAAAAGAAAAGGACCAGCUUGUGAUGUACUUAUUUCAAUCAUUCUCUAAACCUACCCUUAAAAGUAUAAACUACAUAAAACUCUCUAGCAAUUGCUUGGAAUUAAAGAAGGCACCAGAUCGCAAAUCUUAUAUUGCUUUUGGGAAUAUGUGAAGUUAAAUAAUUUAACAGACAAAGAGAAUAAAGAUUAAAUAAUUGCUGAUGAAUAAUUAAAGCAAUUAUUUGGAUAGGAACGUAUUCCUAUAUCUAAUCUCAAUAUGCUUCUAAAAAUGUUUAUUGAGAACCCAGAACCAAUUCAAAUAAAACAUCAUUUGGGAGUUAGCAAUUAUAUUGGAUUUGACGUUGUAGUGGAAUAAGAGAUGAGUUUUUCACCUGAAUUGAUGCCAUUUCUAGCUCAGAAGGUCGUGACAGAAGACAAUUCUGAGAAGAAGUAGCAAAGAGCAGAACAUCCAUUUAUUUAAUUAAAUUAGAAAAUCAAGGGAUUUGAAAAGUAGAUUCAGAAGUACUUAGAUUAAAGCAAGAGUCAUAAAUUAAAGAGAGAUGCUUAUUAUCAGUAUCAAAAGAGUCCUAGUUUAUUCUUAGAAAAUCUAUUCUUGCAAUAGAAUUCAUAUUUGGAACUUAUGUAAAAUGAUGAAGAGAUGAGUAAUGAAGAUCCGAAAAACAUGAAAUUCCUGAUGAAAAAUUAGGAAUUAGUAGAGAGACAGAUUCGGAAAUAUUUGGAAUAACAACAGCAACCUUAAUAAUGA